CGUUUGGAAGCGUCCCCAUGGCGUCGGCGCCCGGCUCUUCUCCUGCUCCUCCCCUCCUCGGGGUCCUUCCCCACCUGGCUGUGAGUCGCUUGCUGCGUUUUUCUGCCUUUCGUCCGCCGACGCUCCGCUCCGCCAAUAACCGAGGGAGCCCCCCCCCUCCUCCCCCUUCCUCGGUGCUCGACCUGUUAGGUGUGGCGAGGUUCCCCAGACCAUCAGCCGCUUUUUCCGGGUGGGCUGACACGUGUCCCUGCGCGGUUGUGGGGAUCCCCUCCGGUAUCCUCCCGAUGGAAAUUACGCCGUUAGUUUCUAGGUUGCAUCCCGAUUUUCCUCUUGCAGCGAGAUGCGCAGUUUUGGCUGCUUCGUUCUCCUUCUGCCUUUACUUUCCAGAAUAAGGAAACGUUGAGUUCAUCUGGCCCAUUAUGCAGCUGUUCAGUGAAUCAUUGCAGGUGUUAAGUUAGUAACAAAGUUGUUAAAUGAAUCUGGCUUCCCCAUUGACUUUGCUCCUCGGAAGGUUGCAAAAGAGGAUCACGUGACCCGGGACAAUGCAACCGUCAUAAAUAUAACAUAGACACGUUCUAGUAUGGAUGCUUUUGCUAAUCACAGUUGUCACCUCCUUCAGCAGCUCCACGAUCAGCGGAUACAGGGUCUUCUCUGCGAUUGUAUGUUGGUGGUCAAAGGAGUUUCCUUCAAAGCACAUAAAAAUGUGUUGGCUGCUUUUAGCCAAUAUUUUAGGACUCUGUUUCAAAAUUCUCCAAGCCAGAAGAAUGAUGUUUUUCAUUUGGACAUUAAGAAUGUGGGUGGCAUUGGCCAGAUCUUGGAUUAUAUGUAUACUUCACAUCUUGACCUCAAUCAGGAUAAUAUACAGAACUUGCUGGAUAUCGCACAGUGCUUGCAGGUGCAGAAUAUUUUGAAUCUGUGUCACUCCUUUUUAAAAACCUCCCGAUCUAUAGAGCAGCCAGCCAGUCUGAUUGGCAAUGAUACAUUUUCAUUGCAAAAUUCUUCGGCUGCUGAUACCCACGGUGGGCACUAUGAUGUACUCCACAUUUGCUCAGCUGCUGCUUGUAAAGUCUUGGAUGACCAACAACCUGGGUCACAGCCUUGUGCCCUUCACAGCUCCUCAGCUGAGGGAACCAAACCAAAACAGGACUCCAUGGGCCCUGGUGGGGUGGAUCUGUCCUUUAAACUACCAAAUGGCCAUUAUAAGCUCCGAAACUUUUAUAGCAAACAGUUCUGCAAACAGACUAUUUGUCCCAGCAACAAGGGGUUACUAGAAAUGCCCCCUGAUUUUGUAAUAUCUCCAGCACAAGACACAGCUCAGGAUGCUACUUUGUGCAGCAUAAGCCAAUGUACUUUGGAGUCAUCUGAUCGGGUCCCCCUGCCACCACCCUUUCUUGCCCAGUCCUUAAAUGACAGUGCUGAGGAUCAAGACACAGAGGGCGUGUCCAUACAGCCAGCCAAGCAGUUGAGGCCUAAGAAAGUCAUCCACCUCCAAAAACUGAAUUUGCUACAGUCUCAAAAGUCUCCUGAACAGUCUUCUGUACGUCAUCCUGGCAGAGCCAUUGCAAAAGGAAACGAAUUAGGAAGCCAGAGCAGUACAAAAAGGAUGACCGCGGUUGAGGUUCCUGAAGGAAAACAUCCCAGCGGGCUAGUGAGUUCCGAAUGUGUAGAAUUGGAGCCGUCCCAGGAGCCGUCUGGGCCAGAGAGCCCAUUAAAGGUUUCCCUUCCAGAAAGGCAGUAUCCUUGCGCAUUAUGUGGAAAGGUUUUUAAACAUCCAAGCAACCUGGAGCUCCACGUAAGGUCUCAUACAGGUGAAAAGCCUUUUGAAUGUAACAUUUGUGGAAAAUGUUUCUCACAGUUAUAUGCCAACCAUCUCCCAGGUUUAUUUGCAUUACAAAAGGCAGGGAAUCUUCAGACUCACUUGCGUCGCCAUUCUGGUGAAAAACCAUUCAUUUGUGAAAUCUGCGGGAAGAGGUUUGCUGCUUCUGGAGAUGUCCAGCGCCACAUUAUUAUUCACUCUGGAGAAAAACCGCAUCUGUGUGAUAUUUGUGGUCGAGGUCAGGAGUUAAUGGCAGAAGGAUUCAUCCUCGCAUGGUCAGGUUUUAGUAACUUCAGUAAUUUAAAAGAACACAAGAAGAACCAUGCAGCAGAAAAAGUAUUCACAUGUGAUGAGUGUGGGAAAUCAUUUAACUUACCACGGAAAUUAGUAAAACACAGGAUCAGACAUACAGGAGAAAAGCCAUAUAAUUGUUCAGUUUGUGGAAAAUGUUUUGCGGGAUCUGGAGAUUUGCGAAGACAUAUAAGAACACAUACUGGGGAAAAGCCGUAUCACUGUGAGACCUGCAAUAAAUGUUUCAGCCGUUCUGCUGUCUUACGUCGACACAAAAAAACCCACUAUAAAGCUAACAGUGAAAGUGCAGCUAUUGUAGAUGAGUUUUCUCACGCAAUGGAAAUUCCUGACCUCGAGAAGUCCCAAUGUUCAGAUUUCUUUACCCAGGAAAUCUCAGUAUCCUUUCUGUCGCCAUCAGAGAAAUGCCCACCCAACUCGAGGGAGCAUUCGCCAAAUGAAUUUGGACCCCCUGGAGCACCAUUUGGCAGGGCAAGGCCUGGAGCGGAAAAAGACACUCAGAAACUGAAUUUGGUUCCUGCCAAACUCUGUAAAUCUCCAGAAGGACCGACUCGAUCUUGUACUUUUAAAGAAAGCCAUCUCUCCUCUGAGGAGGGAUCGCUGCUGUCUGGCACUCUGCCCUCAGUUCGCUCCUCUGCAAGGGUCCUGGGCAGUGGCUGGAACGGGGAGCCCCUGAGCAGUCGCAAGCCCCGAAAUAACGAGGGCCCCUUCUCUAGCAUGACACUCUGGGGCCUAACUAUGAAGACUUUGCAGAAUGAGGGUGAGCUGGGCCAGUGAGACUUGAGCCUCCUGAAGAACAGCAUACCGAUUUGUAAGUAAAUAAAACCGUAUCAAAGUUGUAUUUGACUGAA